GCGGCAUCAUGCCGGGGGGGCGCGUGUGCGCCGUGUGCGGCGGCUCGGAGAUCGAGGUGGACGCGGCGCGGGGGGACGCGGUGUGUACGGGCUGCGGCUCGGUGCUCGAGGACAACAUCAUCGUCUCCGAGGUGCAGUUCGUGGAGAACAGCGGCGGCGGCUCCUCGGCCGUGGGGCAGUUCGUGUCUUUGGACGGUGCCGGUAAAACACCAUCAUUAGGAGGAGGAUUCCAUGUCAAUUUGGGAACGGAAUCGCGAGCACAGACGCUCCAGAAUGGGAAACGUCAAAUUAAUCACUUGGGAAACCAGUUGCAACUCAACCAGCAUUGUCUUGAUACUGCUUUUAACUUUUUCAAGAUGGCGGUGAGCAAGCACUUAACCCGUGGGAGAAAGAUGACUCAUGUAAUUGCUGCAUGUCUCUACUUGGUGUGUAGAACAGAAGGAACGCCUCACAUGUUACUUGACCUCAGUGACCUUCUUCAGGUGAAUGUCUAUGUCCUGGGAAAAACAUUCCUUCUGCUGGCCAGAGAGCUCUGCAUAAAUGCUCCAGCUAUAGAUCCAUGUUUAUAUAUUCCUCGUUUUGCACACAUGCUAGAAUUUGGAGAUAGGAACCAGAAGGUAUCAAUGACAGCUCUAAGAUUAUUACAGAGGAUGAAAAGAGACUGGAUGCACACAGGACGCCGGCCAUCGGGGCUCUGUGGAGCAGCUCUUCUAGUGGCAGCAAGAAUGCAUGAUUUCCGACGUACUGUUAAAGAGGUUAUCAGAGUGGUCAAGGUUUGUGAGUCAACGUUAAGGAAAAGGCUUACAGAAUUUGAAGAUACACCAACAAGUCAGCUAACGAUAGAAGAAUUUAUGAAGAUUGACUUGGAAGAGGAGUGUGAUCCUCCUUCAUUUACUGCUGGUCAAAGAAAAUUAAAGAUACAGGAGCUUGAGAAAGCGCUGUCAAAAAAGCUUGAAGAUGUUGAAGGUGAAAUAUCAAUUUACCAAGAUGAAAUAGAGAAUGAAUUAGAAAAUAGUAGACCAAAGGCAAAAGGAGUAUUUGCCAAUUUGACUAAAGAUGAAUCUAUAGAAGAUAAUACGGCUAGUGUAUGUGGAGAGGAGGAGGCAGAAGAUGAAGAACUGGAAGCAGCUGCUAAUCAUUUAAACAAGGACUUUUGUAAUGAACUUCUAGAUAAAGAUAGGUUAAAGAAAAUAGAAAGGAGAGAAUGCAAAAAUGGAAAUGAAACUCCUGUAUGGCCACCUGCACUAGAAUCUCUGCUUGGCCCACUCCCCACUACUGCCAGCCUUGGGAUAACAGAUUCUAUACAAGAGUGUGUAUCCACUAAGGAUCGAGACCACAAUCUCAAAGUGCUUUCCAGAGAUGAAAAUACAGGCGAUGGUGAAUUAGAUCUUAGUGGAAUUGACGACACUGAAAUAGAUAGGUAUAUACUUGAUGAAACAGAAGCUCAAAUAAAAGCAGAACUGUGGAUGAAAGAAAAUGCGGAUUAUUUGAAGGAACAAAAGGAGAAAGAAGCGAGAAUAGCAAAAGAGAAGGAGCUUGGGAUUUAUAAGGAACACAAGCCAAAGAAGUCAGCAAAAAAGCGGGAGCCAAUUCAAGCUAGCACAGCAGGAGAAGCAAUUGAAAAGAUGUUGGAACAGAAGAAAAUCUCAAGUAAAAUUAAUUAUAAUGUGCUAAAGGACCUGAACAGCAAAGGAAGUAACACACCAAAGAAAGAGGAUGACAGCACCGAUGACAGCAGCAACACCAAGAAGCUGUCAAGAAGAAAAUCUACUGCCAGUAGGAAUAUAGCCAACACUGUAAACAGUAUGGGAAAAAGAUUAAGACCCUUGAUUUCUACACAACUAGCUAAAAAGGCUGCAACUGAAGAGGUAACCUUUCCAGAGUCGCAGACAGAAGGGCCAGAGCUUGAAAAACCAGAGAACGUUCUGGUAGAGAGUGGACCGGUGUCAUAUAACCAUGAUGAAGAAGUUGAAGAAGAAGAAAUAGAAGAGGAGGAUGAUCACUGCAUGAGUGCACUUCAGUUAAUGGGAGGAAAUGAUUACGGCUGUGAUAUGGACGAUGACGACGGUUAUUAGUCCUGUGUGCUUCCAAAGGAGAUGUAGUAAUUUUGUGAUUCCAAUGACUUUAUGAAUGGUGAAAGAAGCUGUCUGUGAUCAGCAGACAUACUGAACAAUCCUGACUUUUGUAAAGAGAAUUUUAGUUGAGUGUUGAUUCUGGUUAGUUUACAUUGACAUAACCCAGCAAUAAAGUUUGGGUUUAUCGUACUUGAAAUUUUUUUUGGAUCAUGUUUUGAGGAAGGAGUUAAUGGAGGUAAUGUUUCCAGAGAACAAAGCAAAAUACCCUGUAUGGAGAGUAUGUUGUGGUUAGAAACUACACGUCUCUUAUUUGAUUCUGCUUCAGGCAUGCUACUGAAAAGGAAUGUAUAGAAGAGGAAUAAAUUAUAAAGUAAGUAAAACCUCCACAUAAAUCUUUGAACUAUACCAGGGUUAAUCCUCUCAUAAUACUAUAAUGAGAAAAAUGGAUAAUCUAAUCUUUAUUGUUAAUGUGACUCUGCCAUUGUAUACAAGCUUCCCUACUUGAUAUGCUCCCAAAAGUAAAUGCGUUAAGGAAAAAGAUGGAAUUCUAUGGCAGUAUCUCUUUAAAUUAAAUUAAUCCUCAGAAGCUAAAUAGGUGCUUACAUACAUUUAUAAUAGAAUUCUGUGUUCCUCGAGAGAUGCUGACAGUACAAGAGAACAUUGUCACAGAAGGGUGGUUUCUACUGUUCUGUAAAUGCUGAAGAAAUGUUUGUGGG